AUGCUAUCGAGAAAGCAGGCUCACUUCCUUGCCAAGUUGCAGGCCUCGGAGUCGGAGCCAGGUGAAAAGGUGGAGAUCUUCAGACGCCCGGUGAUCGCAUUCACGCGACCUGCCAGGAUUUCAAGGGUAGAUGGAACUCAGGGAGCGCUGCUGACACCACGAUGGAAGGCUGGGGCCGCUCAACAUUCCGAUUCCGGGAGGCCUGAGCGGGUUCUGUGCACCUCAGUCUCUCAGUCUUGGGCCAAGGCAUCAUAUGCGCUCCGUCUUAUGCUGUGCGAUCGGCUCACCAUGGUCGCUGGACCCAGUGUGCCCCAACUCACAUCACAUGGCAGAAGCUUUCUCCAGGGCAAUGGCUGCAACAAACACCUGCGCCAGAAAGCACCAGCCUGUGCAAGCUGCACCAUGGACUGA